CCCAAGCGCCGGCCGGAAAGAGGCUCCGGGCGCGCACGUGGGUGGCGGAGAGGCCAGAGAAAUGGCGAGUUCCGUAGGGCUGGCGCUGUGCGGGGAAGCGCUGGUGGUGAGAGGCGGCAGCCGGUUGCUGGCCACCUCCACUUCGAGCAGUGAUGGUGACAGCCUUUUCACGUAUGACUGCAGUACUGCACAAAAGAAGACACAAGAACAGGAGCAAAAAGGGGAGGACGGACAGCCCGGGGAUAAAGGGAGUGACACGAUCCUGGCGUCCACCUUCUCCAAGUCUGGCAGCUAUUUUGCCUUGACCGAUGACAGAACGAGUAGUUGCUUCUCCAGGUUGUCACGGAUAGAGCAUAAAGGUAGUGAGGCUUCGAGGACCGUGGUGAGGAGGUGCACGGCCCUGAGCUUCACGGCCUCCGAGGAGAAGGUUUUGGUGGCGGACAAGUCCGGGGAUGUUUAUUCCUUCUCGGUGCCGGAGCCGCACGGGGGCGGCAAGCUUGAACUCGGACACCUGUCGAUGCUGCUGGACGUGGCCGUGAGUCCUGACGACCGCUUUGUCCUCACCGCCGACCGGGACGAGAAGAUCCGGGUCAGCUGGGCCGCGGCUCCGCACAGCAUCGAGUCCUUCUGCCUGGGCCACACCGAGUUUGUCAGCCGUAUCUUCGUGGUGCCCGAUCACCCAGAGCUGCUGCUGUCUUCCUCCGGGGACCGCACCCUGAGGCUCUGGGAGUACAGAAGCGGCAGGGAGUUGCAUUGUUGUCACCUGAGCAGCCUGCAGGAGCCGGCGGAGCCCUGGAGUGACCAGAGGUUUGCUGCGUCCAGGAUUGCCUACUGGCCCCGGGAGCAGUGCGUGGCGCUGCUGUGUGACAGGCUCCCGGUGGUCUUCCUCUUCCAGCUGGACACCGCCCGGCGGCAGUUGGUCUACAGACAGCAACUGUCUUUCCAGCACAGAGUGUGGGACGCUGCCUUCGAGGAGAGCCGGGGGCUCUGGGUCCUGCAGGACUGCCAGGAGGCCCCCCUCGUGCUCUGCAGGCCGGUGGACGGCCACUGGCAGUCCGACGGCGACAGCGCCGAGGUGGAGAGGCUCUCCGCUCUCCUUCGUGGGAACUGGGCCAUGCUGGAAGGCUCUGCUGGCACAGACGGUGGCUUUAGCAGCCUCUACAAGGCUACCUGUGACAACAUGACCACCUACCUGAAGAGGAAGGAGGAGCGGCUGCAACAGCAGCUGGAGAGGAAGCGGCGCCGGGACCCGCUGCCCGGGCCCAACGGGCCGGCCAAGAGGGUGAAGGCCGGGGAAGAGCCUCGGGGCUGCUCGUCCUGACACAGGGGUGUGGGCAGCCCCGGGAAGCAGGGCCCGCAGCGCCCCCCCCUCGACAGGGAAGGGCGUCCCCUGACUCAGGCCGGGGCCCUGGACCCUGGGCUUUGCUCCUGUCCCCUCGCCUUCUGGAUGGGGGCGCCUCGGGCUGGGGCAACCCGGGGAGGCGCCUGCAGAGGCCAGUGAGUCGGGUCCGUGGACAGAGGCGGCCCGGACACUCCUCCACGGGUGGUGACGGGACCGCGGGGAGGACAGCCUCUGGGGUGGCGCUGGCCGCACCGCGGCCCAGGAACACCCGCUCCACCCGCCUCGUCGCUCAGCAAGACGGCUCGCCGGCAGCUUCUGGAAAUGCAGCACAACACGUGGAGCUGAUGGCAAAAUACAUGCAGCAAAAAACCCGUU